AUUAGUAUUUAUCAAAUCGGCAUUUCGUGUGAUUGGCAGUAGUUGGAUCACUAAACUCUACUAUCGGCAGCAGUCGUACCAGUCACGUGGCCGUGGUCGCUACGGUCGUGCAAUGUGUUGCAUAACAUUCGCUUUGUCUAUGAGCUCACCCCAGCGGCGCUUCGCCUCUAUUCGCGGUAUUACGGUAAAACACCAAACCGACAAGGAAGAGCUGCCGGCUCGCAUCGUGUGUAUCGUGGUAUCGCAGUGGUUCGGUUCAGACAUGUCUUUUCGUAAUAUUUAUAAAGAGGCGCUGGCGGGGUCCAUCACUCUGGGAGUCGUUUUGGUCGCCGGUUAUUUAUUUGGUGAUAGCUGUAAAGACAGACUGACAGGGAAAAAGAAAUUUUCCAGAAUGAGCAUCUCCAAAAGUCACUGUGAGGGAAAAACUGACCCACUGAUUCAGUACGUUCUCAACAACUCCUUGAGGGAGCAUCCGGUCCUGAAGAAACUCCGAUCGGCGACAAUGGACCACUCGUGGAACAGGAUGAUGGUCGCCUGUGAGCAGUCGCAGUUUAUGGCCAAUCUGGCAAAACUUAUCAAAACCAAGAAAGCCAUUGAGAUCGGAGUCUACACGGGUUACAACACGCUGAGCAUCGCACUGGCUUUGGCUGACGAUGGAGUUGUGGUUGCGUGUGACGUCAGUGACGAGUACGCCAACAUCGGCAAACCCUUCUGGAAAGAGGCAGGAGUGGAGCAAAAAAUUGAUUUACGCAUCCAGCCAGCACUUAAAACUCUAGAUGAUCUCUUGUCGGAUGGCCAGGCCGAAACAUUUGACUUUGUCUUCAUCGAUGCAGACAAAGUAAACUAUGACAACUACUACGAAAAGUCUCUGCAGUUGUUGAGGAAAGGGGGAAUCAUCGCUGUCGACAAUGUGCUGUGGGGAGGAAAGGUGUUGAAUCCAACCCCCGGUGAUGAAGACACUGUGGCCAUCGACAAGCUGAACAAGAAGUUGCACCGUGAUGCUCGAAUCAGCCUCAGCAUGCUCACAGUGGGGGAUGGGCUCACACUCGCUUUCAAAUUAUAGAACAGAUAGGAGUCGAGGAUUCAUACGCUUUGGGAUAAUGUACAUCCUUUAAGUUAGGUGAACUUUUAUAUGAUAAGUGGGAUGGUAGCUGAAACAUGUUAUUACCAUCUGGGCUCGGGGUACUACAGGUUGUGGGAUCUCUUGGCAGACAUGGAAUCAAGUGUUCUUAAAUAUGUUUUGAUCGGUGCAUAAUGUACUGUGUGAGGCGAGCGUUUUGAAUUGGAUGGCUCGCCCUACUUGGAAAAGGAGGCAGUCUGUAAUAUCUUUAUUAGUUUUACAGCUACAAGGCAAUGUGCAAAGUUUGAAUGAAAUGCUGAUAAUUCAAUGCAGUUUAUUUUAUAUAGCCAAUGGCACAAAUUAUGUAUUUUGUCUCAGCAGGCUUUACAAUCUACACAAACACCCUGUCCCAGGACCUCAAGAUAAAUUGAUUAAAAAGAAAUGAUCCAUGCCA